AUGGCCUCAGGUUCAGAUUUUGCUUUAACGGUCCCUUCUGAACUGGAAUCAGCUUUGAAGUUGAAGACCGUUAACUACUUUGUUACAAGGAGGCCAUGGCUUGAUCUUUAUGGAGUUAAUGUGAGACCUGUUGCGCCGUUUGGAAGUGCAAGUAGAAAGCCUUAUGUGGAUUCCGCACUUAUACAUCGCGCCUUACCAGAUGAGCUGCUCUUUGAGGUCUUUGCUCGAAUGACUCCAUAUGAUUUGGGAAAAGCAUCUUGCGUGUGUCGGAAGUGGCGGUAUACAGUCCGUAACCCUGUAUUUUGGCGCAAUGCAUGCUUGAAGGGUUGGCAGCUCUCUGGAGCGGUUGAAAACUACCGGAUACUUCAAUCAAAAUACGACGGCUCAUGGCGGAAAAUGUGGCAUUUGCGACCAAGGUUGCGAACUGAUGGUCUUUAUGCAAGUAGAAAUACCUACAUUCGGGUUGGAGUUGCAGAAUGGAAAAUCACUAAUCCAGUUCAUGUGGUCUGUUAUUUCCGGUACCUGAGAUUUUUUCCUUCUGGGAGAUUUCUUUACAAGAAUUCUUCUCAAAAGAUCAAGGAUGUGGUGAAGUGCAUGAACUUUCGAUCAUCUAAAGCAGACAGUGUCUUUGGUGGACACUACACAUUGACAGAUGACAAGGUUGAAGCUGCUGUUUUGUAUCCAGGCAUGCGACCUACUGUUUUGAGAAUGCGGUUGAGGUUAAGAGGAACAACAACAGGGGCAAACAAUAGGAUGGAUUUGAUCUCACUUGUCACUAGCGGUGUGAACACUAAUGAGGCAAGUGCAUAUGAGGAGGACAUUCUUGGAGUCGUUGAAGGAUGGCAGGAUGAUGAAACACACAACCCAGAUGUGCCAGCAGUCUCGCAUAAGAGGGGCAUGACCCCUUUUGUCUUUGUUCCAUUUGAAGAGGUGGAGACAUCUGUUUUGAAUUUGUCCGUGGAGAAAAUGGAUUAUUACGUUCCUGGUUGA